UAAAAUAUUUCAUUUUAAUCCCUGAUAGGAAAUUGAGUUUUUAAAUACAAUUUAAGAUAAUAAUGAUACAUCUGUAUAAAAUACCUUAUACUUUUUAUGUGUACUUUUUCUCUUAAUUUGUAUUUAGCUUUGCAUUGUUAUCAUGUCAUGGGAGAAAGCUGGAAGUUACCAAAUAUGGUUGAAAACAUGUCAAUAUGUGCAAAGUACGGUACAGAUGAUUCCGAACCGGGAUUAUUUAUUGACAUUAUUUUCAUCAUGUAUUUUGCCAGAAUGUGGCAUAUCCUCCAAAGUAGAAAGUUAUAUUAAUUGCAUGUUAAUUGCAUAUUGCUGCUGCAUGCCAAAUGUGUCUGUUAAAAUGCAUCCAUUUAAAAGAAGAGUAAUUAUGAUUUAACCACUUCUAAAAUUAGAAAUGCUCUCGUUCGGAACAACUCAUAACUUAUUUGACGUCCUUCACAUUGUGUGUAUGUGUAGGAUGUACUUUUUUGCUGAGCAUUACCUCUAACAGUUGACUUUUCACAACAGCCUCCCUAUUUGUUGUCUUUUUUUUUUUACGUAACGUCACGUCGGCCAAUCUCGGAUUUCCCAGCAGAGCCCGCCUCCUCUACAGGAUGCGCCAUAUUUGGCAAAUGACGUACUGGGGAUCCCAGAGAGGAAUCUUCCAUUCUCUGCGAGCGCGAGGUAAGCUAAUGAUAACUAUCGGCGGUUUAUAACAUAAUUCUGCUUACAUUUGCUUUAAAUGUCAUUUUUUGUGUUUAAAGCGUUUUUAAUUGGGAUGAGGUGUGCUAGAGUCGCUAUUUCUUCCGGGUGUGUGUCGCUCGCUACCCAGUGUCUCCCCCCCGUCCUGUCGACGUCAUUCGGCCGGCCCAUUCCCAGCCUAUAAAAGCAGUGCGAGCUGUCAUUAUCGCCAGUUUAUUUUCUACUUGCUCGACGACGGAGGAUAACAACACACUUUGGAACUUCCUCACAAGCCUGCGGAAGGGAUCUCCUAACUUGUUUUGUUAAACAAAAGACAACCUUCGCUUCUGUAGAGUUUGUUUGGCUCUUAUUUUUCUGCUGCAGCGAUGAUGUUCAACGCUUUCAACCCGGAGUGCGACUCCUCUUCCCGGUGCAGCACCGCGUCUCCUGCCGGUGAUAACGUGGGCUACUACCCAUCACCUGCCGGAUCUUACUCCAGCAUGGGGUCCCCACAGUCUCAGGAUUUCACCGACCUGACAGCCACAAGUGCCUCCUUCAUCCCCACGGUCACAGCCAUCUCCACCAGCCCAGACCUUCAGUGGAUGGUCCAGCCUCUCGUCUCCUCUGUGGCCCCCUCACACAGAGCUCACCCCUACGGCUCAAGACCCAGCCCUGCCUACCCUAGAGGGGCCAUGAAGGCUGCUUCAUCCCGGCCUCAGGCCACCACCAAGAGGGGCAAAGUGGAACAGAUUUCACAAGAAGAGGAGGAGAAGAGGAGAAUCCGCAGAGAGAGAAACAAGCAGGCGGCCGCUAAAUGCCGCAACAGGAGGCGAGAGCUGACAGACACUCUCCAAGCUGAAACUGAUCAGCUCGAAGAGGAGAAGUCCAGCCUGCAGAAUGACAUUGCAAACCUUUUGAAGGAGAAGGAGAGGCUGGAGUUCAUCCUGGCGGCCCACCAGCCCGUCUGCAAAGUCCCAGCUGAGUUGGACACAGACUUUCCGGUGGCGUCCAUCUCUCCUGCCCACUCCUGCAUCUCCACUGGGAGCCCCCAGCCAAGCACGACAUCCAUCUUCUCCAGCAACACCACCACCACCAGCACCAACAUGGUGAAGAUGACCGACUUGGACGCCUCAGCCGUGCUGGAGGAAUCCCUGGAUCUCCUCGCCAAGACUGAGCUGGAGAGGUCGGCGAGGUCAGUCCCUGAGGUGGACCUGUCCAGCUCGCUGUGCACCGCCCAGGACUGGGAGGCGCUGCACCCGUCUGUGAGCAGCAGCGACUUCGAGCCCCUGUGCACACCUGUGGUGACCUGCACCCCGGCGUGCACCACCUUCACGUCCUCCUUCAUGUUCACCUUCCCAGAGGCGGACACCUUCCCCACGUGCGGCGUGGCCCACAGGAGGGGCAGCAGCAGCAACGAGCAGUCGUCCGAUUCGCUCAGCUCGCCAACGCUGCUGGCCCUUUAAGAGACUCUUCAUGAAUGAACUCUUCCAAUGGAGCACACAGAUCACAGGGCUAUGGGAUGUAUCAGGAAGACUUUUGUAUACCUUGACACCAUUGUAGCAAGCAUGUUUCAGCUAACACCACCAAGUCAUCUAUCAGUUCUCAUGAUUUAACGGUGCUACAUUAGUGUUUGUCUUAUUUAGAGCAAUAGUUUUGAUUUUGCGGCGUGAAAUGAGAUGCUUGUGAAAACUUAACCAUUGGUCCAGGUGGUCUAUUUUCUCUUACUUGUAUGAAGUUUUCUGUGAAAACAUCGGUCUUCUUAUUAAUUUAUGAGAUUUACAUUUAUUUUUUUACAGAGCAAAAGAGUGAAUGUUGAAUGUUUGUAAGAUAUGUGUAAAUAAAAUGUUAGUGAUAUUUC